AUGUCGAAGUUCUUCAACAAGCUUGAACAGCUCGUGGCGUCCUCAACAGACGAUCCACAUCUUGAGUCAGCCGCAGAUGUUUUGCAGGACGCAGGUUGCUCCACAGCUUCGAUCGCCGUCCUGGAUAACGGCGAGAUUAUUUCACACUGCAUAUCAUCCUGUGGAGAUGACACGGACACGCUGUUCCAAGCUUGCAGCAUCUCUAAGCCCACUGCUGGCGUUGCCGCCAUGAGAUUGGUCGACCUGGGCUUCUUCUCCGUCGAGGACUGCAUUCGAGAUCUGCUCCCCAAUGAGAUAGUGAAGCUAUUAGCUCGAGAUCCCCGUACCGAGGCAGCCUUCAACGCUGUGACGGUGGCCCAUCUGAUGAGCCAUACAGCAGGCCUCUCGGUCCCUAGCUUCCCCGGUUACUCCGAUGCCAAUCAUGUCCCUACGGUCAAUCAGCUACUCCAGGGACGUGAGAACUCCAACACUAUGCGGAUCCAGUUCUGCUCCGUCCCAGGCGCGGACUUCAUCUACUCGGGCGGUGGUAUCACGAUCCUGCAGUGCCUGAUGGAGCAUGCAACCAAGAUGUCGUUUCCGGCGCUGAUGCAGAAGCAUGUCUUCGAGCCGUUGGGGAUGACGCGGUCGUGCUACACUCUGAAAGCAGGAGAAAAUGCUACAAGAUGUUUUUGGAAUGGCUACAAAGAAUGUGAAGCCCAGUGGCACUACCAGCCUGAAUCUGGGGCCGCCGGACUUUGGACGACCCCUACUGACCUGCUGAAGCUGGGUCGAGGCGUUCAGAAGUCCUUGACGGGAGAUGGCAUCCUACGAAAAGCGACAGCGGAGCGCAUGCUCACAAGGGUUACCAAAGACAUUGCCUUGACCUGGUUCGUGAACUCGAUAGGUUUCGGUCAUUCAGGCGGCAAUUUCCCUGGCUUUCGCUGUCAGCUUAUCGCAUACGCAGACCUUCCGCAGAAUGGCAGCAGUGAGCCAAAACCUCAAAUACCUCAAGACUGUGGUAUGACGGUCAUGACGAAUUCUGCUUCGGCCAACCCAGCUAUGUGGAAGCUGUUGCAUGCCAUCUCUUACCUCAAAUCCUGGCCAGAAAUUCCAUUAUUCUUCAUGGCUGCGGACUACAAGGCACCCUUUCGUUCGCUCGAAACUGGUUAUGCUGACAGCUGGAAGGAAUGGAUCGGCUGGUGGGGUAAGUGGCAGAUUGCUGAAUGUAGCGGUAUGCCUGUAGCGGGGGUCGACGGAGUGCUCCUGAACCUAAGACCGGCUGCUAUCCCCGCAAGGCACUACGGUGGAGGACAGCAGUCGAUAGAUCUCUUGCUCGAUGGAACGGAGCAGAUGCUGAGAUUGGGCUUUGAUGGAGUAAAACGGAUUGUAGAGCUGUGGAAUGGCUCGAUGGGAACUUGUGAGACGCUGAAGGCCAUUACUUACGCUUGA